UUUAGCUGAGUAAUCGACAUAAUUAUUUCGAACGUCGCACCGUGUGAGGACCCGGGCAUACAAAAUCAAUAACACCUUUUUUCAUGGCUAGCUAGAAGAUCACCGAAAGCGCACCGAAGACAGCCAUCCAGCCAACAAGAUGGCGAUAACACGAACAUCAAAUUGUGCUAUCUUUUUAUUAUGUAUUUUGGUAUUAUUCGUUGAUUCAGCUCCUCGACAGUUGAACACGGAAAACAUUCUAAUCAAUGUGACGACAGGAACCGUAGAUGACACUCAAGUGCAGGAGUCAAACAAUUUGCAGAUCAAUCUGAAUAUUUCAGUGGAUGAAGAACAGGUACUCAUUAAUGACAUACCAGUGGAGUUGUCCGUAGUGACGCGGAUGAACUGCCAGGCGCUGCUCUUGGAUACCACAAAUGGAACCAGUGAAUUUGAAUCAGGAGAUUUAGUCUCUACUGUCACCCGGGUGAUGGUGAGCCAGAACCGCUUGUGGAGUGACUCGGAGGAAGUGGUGGCGCUGCAGGUGUUCAGUGAGGUCAUCGAGAUGGAAGGAAGAAAGGUCCAACAACCAGAGAUGUGUGAAGUGAAGAUACUGAUGAGCCCAAAUUUCGAGAAACUUGCUCAGUACACCAACACCUACCCAAUUGGACACAGUGAGAUCUUUAGGAUCCCGAGAGAGAACGAUGUGGUCAUCACAGAUCCAACCAAUCCCAACAAAGCCGCUGAGGGUCAGUUGGUCUUCCAGACCACCAGUCACUAUCCCAUGAAGCAAGCCGAGACCACGCAGGAGGAGAUAGCUGCCCCAGGGAAGCUUCCAGAGACCCCCCUGCGCAUGGACCCAGACCUGCUGUACGAGGACGGAGAAGAGGAGCUGGGACACCAGGCUGAUCAACAGACCACCGAGAAAUCCAUCAAGGAAUCCAUGUCCUCCUACAGCGCCAUGUGCAGGUGGGUGGAGCAAGUGAGGGAACGCCUGCGACGUUUCUGGUCCGAGUCACUUCCUCUCUUCUUCCUGGUCAUGUGGGUGGUGGUGAUUGGUGUCGUCGGGUCCGCAGUCAUCGUCAAGAUCCUGGAUGUUCUGUUCCCGACAUGUGAACACAAGGGAAGAUUCCACUUGAAUCCCGCCACCCUGAUGCCUGAAGAUGAAAAACACACCCUGCUAGAGAACAUCCAAGUCCAGGCUGAAGCAGAGGAGGAAAAGAAACCUUGAUUGAUCAAAAGGAAACACGAUGAAGGCAUUAUUUUGUCAGAGAAAACACAAUCUCUCCAACUUUGUAGCACUUCCACACGUUAAUUCACUUUUACGUUUCCCCAUGAAUCAUCUGUCUUUGGCAACGUUAAUCUGAAAGGUUACUGCCAAAGAACACGGACCUACUGUACGCUGUUACUGUUCAUAUUAUGAUUGUGUUACCUCACAGUGCCUCAGUAACGAUUUAUGAUGUGUCAUACUAAUCUAUUGCUUUUGGACUGUUCAUUUCUUUCUGAUUGCUGAGAUUUCUCUGACUGCGAGCAAUCUUAAGAGAUCAUAAGAGAACAUCUUAGCAUUAGGUUAAACUGUAACUUUUCUGUUGUCAUUACGCUUGCACUAAAAGAUGUUCAAUAUUAACUAAUGGAUAUUCAACUAUGAAAUGUGGUUAUUGUAAAGUGUCAGAAUUGAGUUGAAUGUUCUUGCAUUUUGCCUGAAUUCAAAUUGGCUGAGUGCUGCACAGUUAAAAUGGGCCAAUUUCAAUUCAUAUGAGAAAUCACUUAUUUUGUGUUGCUUAGUUUCUUGGCAUGAACUUUAUGUUAUAAAGACACAGGGGAGGAAAUGUUCCAGAGUUUUGUAUAGUGAGACAUGGAAUGUACAGUAUGGGCAUGGAACCCAACUUCCUGAAACUUGCACAUCACAUAUAUUCUUCAACAUUGUCCAACCUAAAUUGGCCUGUAUUGCUUUAAAUGCCUGUUUGUGUGUGUAUGUUUUAAGUUAAAAUAGGUGUACGGAGAUUGUUACUGUGUUAUUUGAAAUGUUAUUUAGUGAAAUGGGAUGCACAUUUGCCCCUCCCCCCACUCCCCCCAAAAAAAGCAGCUUUAUGCAACUGUUGACUUUUCUUUUGAUCUCGUCUUUCCAGUCUAAAUGGCUGUUAAGGUGCACUGGCUAGUUUGCUUCUAAGAAGGCUUGGCAUGAGCAACAUACAUGUCAUUUCCCAGGCAAGACUUCACGAUGACCUACGCAUGACUUUGAAUGGGGUUGUGUAUGGGGUACACAUGUGUAUUUAUCAUUAGAAUCCUCAGUGUAUGUCCAGGUAGCAAACACAGUUUGCAUGAUGACCUAAACUGGUCACUGUCUGUUAUAGUCUGGGUAACUGGAAAAAGUAGAACUAUGAAAUUAAUGUAAUCAAUGGAAAUGUUUUCUCAACGAUUCCUCACAAUCUCAGUCUUGUGUAUGCCGUUCCGACGCAUGGCUUGUGUACACAAUCUCUCACUGAAGGUAAACUGUACAUUUAAUUCCUAAAUCCAGCUCAAUAAAUAAAGUGUUUCUAGCGCA